AUGUCACAGGAUAUUGUUCAAGGCAUUCUCGAACAAGUACAACAGGGAAUAGGACGGGCAGCAAAUAGAUCUGCCUAUGAUGAGUUUGUAGACUAUACUCUGCAGUUUUUUCAAUCGGUUGACUGGUCUCAACCUUGGCUUAGAGCUCUAAUUGGAUUUCAUGUAAUUUGCAUGCUGAUUCCAAUAUUUUUGCGCAAUCGACACACAUUGCUUUCAGUAUACUUUUUUGCCAUUUUGGGUAUGGCGGCACUGGCAUCUCCCCUGAAUUCACUUGGGGCGGAGCACUGGAAGCAAUUUGCUUCGGCGAAUUACUUUGAUCCAUCUGGAAUGUUUAUAGUAAUCGUCUAUGCCUUUCCAUUGUUGAUCAAUGGGUUCUUUACAUUGUUCUUUGUCCUCAGAGCAACGGUCAAAACUAUGGUCUUGGUCAAGAAACAAUCUCUAAAGGCUAAGAAGGCCCAAUAG